GUUCAAGCAUAGUGUGACUGAGUUGAAACCGCGUACUAGUCUACCCGAGCAAUCUGAGCAGGCUCGCCACACGGGAAUUUUAAUCAGUACCCAAUAAAGUUGGUUUGGCGAGAGUAGUGUAAUAUAAUUGACGAUUAAACUGCAACCCGUCUGAUAUUUGGAAAUACAACUCUACCCUUUCCAUUUUUUCGAAGACGAACAAUAUGAAUAUUUUCAAAGUGUUGGUUCUACUCAUCCAUGCCUUCGCGGUGCCCAGGCUGGUCGGCGGCGCCUCGAUCGACAAGCAUGUGAGUGCGAAGCCGGCGCAGACAGCGGUGAUAAAUCUGUUUGAGCCCCUGACUGACGUGCAGCACGACGGCGUCGGCGAACAUGACUACUAUGAUGAAGAGGAUGAAGACUACCCAUCUGGGGACUACGGAGUCGAACUGCCGAGAGUGGCCUUCUCCAGCAAACCGCAGGACCCUUCCGCGGUGCUCACCACCCAGGGGAACGAGGGGAAGCGCAGGAGGGGAAAAGGAAAGAAAAGAAGGCCGGGGAAAGGACAGGGGAAGAAGAGGAAUCCCUGUCAGAACAAGUUCCUGGACUUCUGUAUCCACGGCACCUGCCAGUACCUGAGGGACCUGAAAAUGGCUUCCUGCAUAUGCCAGCCUGGUUAUUCGGGUGAGCGGUGCCACCUCUUCAGCCUCCCCGUGACGACGGACGAGGGGAACUUCAGCCGCACCACAGCGCUGGCGGUGGUUGCGGUCGCCCUGUCCUCUCUGUGUCUCACGGCCAUCGCCAUUCUGCUGGCCAUCAGGUAUCACAAGCGUGGGGCGUACAACGUGGAGAGUGAGGAAAAGGUGAGACUGGGGUCAGAGCCUCACCACUGAACCGCUGCUGAUAAUGGAGAAGAUUCUACCUCAGAAACCAAAGAGAAGGGAACGCUGGUUAGGCCCGGGACUGGGGGGACUGAAGGCUGCGCCCCCCCCCCCCCACCCCCCCCCCCCC